GGUGUACAGGAACAUGGCGCUUUGGAGGAGAGGUUCUUCAUGAUAGUCAGGGGCUAUAACGAUUGAAAUUCCCAUUGUUGUGUUCAUUUAGACAACACUAAAGUACAGACACUAAAUAUGAGAGGCCGCGAAAGGUGACCGCCCCCUCUGUCUCCAUGGAUACCCGACCACUGCGUGUGGUAGCGGCGUUUGCUGUCGUCAGCUGAAACUCUUAGCAUCGAUAGCUAAAGCUAGUUAGCUGGCGAAUAGCCAGACGCAAAAACAGACAAAAUGUGCUCGUUUAUGUAGCCUAGACUAACGCGAAGCUGCUAUUCAAUGUUUAAAACACUUAAGCCUUUUUUUAAAAUCAGCCAUUUAUUUGAUUUCACGUAGCUAACAUUUUGUUAGCUAAGCUAUAAGGAUGGAGAACCGCCGUGUAUAUGUUUUGUUGCUGAGCUUUGGGAUUUUUCUAUCGGCUUUGGGACUGUCUGAAGGCGCCCCUCUUCAGUAUGGUCAGAAAUCAGGUGAAGGCACGAGGGACACUUUGUCUGUCUCUAUCUACCUGUCCCUGGUGGUGUCUUUGAUGGUGAUUGUGUCCUUGGUGGUGGUGCUAGUGAACUGUGUGACCUGCUGCAAGGAAAGGGAGAUCAACUUCAAGGAGUUUGAAGAUCACUUUGAUGAUGAGAUCGACUUCACUCCGCCAGCAGAGGACACCCCUUCUAUGCAGUCCCCAGCUGAGGUCUAUACCCUUGCUGUGUCUCCUGUGCCCCUGCCUGGCCCGCCACACCUCCAACCUCCUGCCCGCAUCACAGAGGGAUCAACAGGCUUCCAGGUCGUGCGCCACAGUCUGAGCUACAUCCAAGAGAUCGGCAACGGCUGGUUUGGCCAGGUCCUGUUGAGUGAUAUCUACACAGACCCAGGGACAAGAGUGGUGGUCAAGGAGUUGAAAGCUAAUGCAAGUGCCAAGGAGCAGAAUGACUUCCUGCAGCAAGGGGAUCCAUACAGAGUUUUGCAGCACCCAAACAUACUCCACUGCCUUGGACAGUGUGUUGAGGCAAUUCCCUUCCUACUGGUUUUUGAAUACUGUGAAAUGGGGGAUUUGCGGGGCUAUCUUUCUCAGCAGGACUGGAUGUUCAGAAAUGCUGAGUUGCUGCAGCUGCAGAGGAUCGCCUGUGAAAUUGCUGCUGGUGUCACUCACCUUCACAAACACAACUUCCUGCACAGUGAUCUAGCACUGAGGAACUGCUACCUGACUGCAGACCUCACAGUCAAAGUGGGAGACUAUGGCAUUGGACCCUGCAGAUAUAAAGAAGAUUACAUCAUCACAGAGGAUGAUGUGUAUGCACCCCUUCGUUGGUUGGCCCCUGAGCUGGUAGGCGAGCGCCAUGGUGGCGUAAUUACUAUGGAACAGACCAAGCCGAGCAAUGUGUGGGCAUUGGGGGUCACAUUAUGGGAGCUCUUUGAGAAUGCUGCUCAGCCGUACCCACAUCUGUCUGACCGAGAAGUUCUCAACCAUGUGAUCAAGGAGCAGCAAGUCAAGCUGUUCAAGCCACAACUGGAACUUCCCUACUCUGAUAGAUGGUAUGAAAUUUUGCAGUUCUGUUGGCUGUCUCCAGACAAGCGGGCCACAGCAGAGGAAGUACACCGUCUCCUCAUCUAUCUGCGUAUGCAAGGCCAGAAGGACAUAGAAGAAGAUUUCGAGCAACGCUGGGAUGCACUGAAGCCUAACCCCACUAUGCGGCAGACCACUGUUAGCCAUUCCUCCUUCCCAAUCUUGGAACAGUUUGCUGAUGAUGCCCUGAGACAAGAAAUAGAUGAAAUUCUGACUGUGACUGAAACAAGCAAAGGUCUCAGCUUUGAGUAUGUUUGGGAAGCGGCUAAGCAUGACCACUAUGAUGGUAACCAUGGACGUUCAGGCGUAGACACAACACUAAACUACCACAGCAUGUUCUUUCCUGUUUCCAGUGAAGAUAUUCAGGCUCAUUUCCCUGAUCCUUCAACUAGCGCAGCAGGAGGAGAAAGUGGGAACACUCCAGGAUUUCCUGGGAUCUUACCGGUGUUUGAUGCUCAAAAGCCAUCUAAUGGGAAUGAAUAUUAUAUCCAACUAGAAGAGCAAGGGGAGAGCACUGUUGGGGAGGACGGGAAUAGAGAACCAGAUAUGGGCUUUGGUUCAAGCGGGCAAGAUUUUGUUGUGCUCCAAGAUGUGCGGCUAGAUGAGUCAAGCACAGAUGCUGACUUUUUCCACCAAAGUAUUGACUCAAAGGAUUCAUAUUUACCAGACAGCCACAUCUGGUCGUCUCUUGAAAAUGACAGUCCGUACCACACCAACAUUUUUACAGAAGACGGGUCAAAACAAGAAGACUCGCCUUCCUGGAGGCAGAAUUUUAUGGAGCUUCCAGACCGCAGCGGAAACCCUUUCCUUGAAGGGGGAACUUUAGAGGGUGAAGCAGUGAAUAGAGAUGGAAGCUAUGGGGAUGCUUUUUUAGGGGAACCCACUAAGGUGGUGAAUUCUGUGGAAGCAAAGGAUGAAAACAUGAAUGGAAAAAAUCUUUUGAGUACUGAAAAACUAGCAGAUAAUUUUAUGUUUCUUAAAGAUCAAACCCUAAUGAAGGAGGGUGCUAGUUUCUUAAGCCCACAACCAAAUUUUCUUUUACCUGGUUUAGCCCACGAACCAGAGGAAGCAUUCAAAAUGAAUUCUUGGGAUAAGCUUGACUCGUUAGGCAGCUUAAACACAGCAGACACUUAUUUUAAAUCGGCAGCAAGUAGCACAUCCUCAAGACACGAACUUCUAGACUCUCCAAGUAACAGUUUGGGGGAGUUUUGUCAGUCUCUAGAAAAUGAGACACUGGUGCCUUCCAUUACAGUGGUCACAGAAGAUGACACAAGCAACCAGCUGCCAGCUAGAAAUUGUUCUUCCACAGAAGACCUUGGUCUGUUGCAAUCCUCAAACAGAGGUGUAGACUCUGGUUUUGAUUCUACCUCAGAGAGGUUUGAGGUUCUCAUCAGUCACACUGAUGACCACACCACUGCAAUAUCUGACAGUGCCAAUACAGAUUCUUUGUGCACAGAUGCCAAAAUUCCCAGCCUUGAAGAUGACCUUGGAACCUCAAAGGAUGACACUCAGCCCAUAGAAAGUAAAAUGCCUGAACCCCUGCCAGCUCAAGUAUUACCUUCAGAUAAUGGACACAGUGAAGACCUAACAAGUAAUGAUUUGUUGAGCGAGUUAAUUGAGGAUGCAGAUAUACAAAUGGAAACCACUCUGUCUGAUCAUGAAGAAUCAUUUAUGGAUACCAAUGGGCAUCCUCAUGAUAGAGCUUCUCUUCUGGUGUCGGGUCCAUCUUUGGACCAGAUCAGCCAGGACAGUUUAUUGGAAGACAGUAUGUCCACCACUGUUCCAACUGUAGAGAACUUUGCUGAAACACCAGACUCAUUAGACUCAUUUGACAUACACAGGCUUGGAGAGCAAGGAGAUGAACUGAAUGCUCAAAUUGCUCAACACAAACUCCAACCUCCAUACAGGAUAUCAGAUAGUGGUUAUGAGACUGAGAACCUGGAGUCUCCUGAGUGGAACUCUCAGCCAAAUGUCCAAGAUUCCUCUCCUGUAAAAAAUGGCUUGAGUGUUACCAAAGAAGAAGAGGAGACAGAAGAGCUCACAACUGCGGCAAAUCUGGUUCCGCCGAAAAUCAUAAUCUCCGAAGUAGAGGGUGUGCUAGAUACUCGCAGUGAAGAUCCCAGUGAGGAAGAUCAGCCAGAUAAUGAAGGUCCUGCUGAGGAACCAAUUAUGGGAAGUAAUUACAGAGACUCUGCAUACUUUUCUGACAAUGAAUCAGAACCUGAAAAGAAGUCUGAAGAAAUAACUGCAGGUGGUUCUGUUGAAGACACGUGGCUGAGGAACUCCACUGAUGAGGUUCCCGAGGCUUCUGGAGCUCCUGCACUGGAGGCUUACAAGGAAAAAGAUAUUGACUCUUUAUUUUCUCUACCUGCUGAAUCACAAGCCAAGGAUGUUAAGGAGAUGGGUUCAGUAGCAGAUUCAGGUAUCAGAGAAAAUGGUGAAAACCAGGUGGUCGAGUCUACCAGCAGCUCCAAUGAAGAUGGAAUUAAACCAGAGGUUUUCAAGGACACUGCAUUUACUGAUCACCUGGACCCCUCUGAAGGCCCAGAAACCUCAAUACUUCCUUCUAUUGCCCCAGCUAAGCCAGCAACAGAGAGUGUAGUUCACGCUAAACUCACCAGAACCGACACCAGUGAUGGUCAUAAAAUAAAGGAGCCGGAUGUGGAGGGGCGUUACCUGGGGAGGCGGGAUGGGUCGGGCUUAGAUGGGCAAGAAGAUGGCGUAGAUGCAGACGAGGAGGACGAGAACAGCGACGACUCGGAUGACGACAUGCGCGCGUACCAGCUGCACAGCUCUAGCUCAGAAAGCGAGGAUGAAACCGUGCACCCGGUGCCAGUUGUUAUCUCGGACGACAGCAGGGCGAAGAACCUGAAGAGCUUGUUAAAACCCACAUCUCUGAACAUCGGAGCAUCAUCUUUCACGUUUCCUGCAAGGUUUGGUGCGGAUAACUCCAAAAGAGCCGUGUCUUUCUUUGAUGAUGUCACUGUCUACCUGUUUGACCAGGAGACGCCCACCAAGGAACUGGGUGACCACUCCUUGGAUUCAAACAGUCGGGUACCACAGUUCAGCAGUUCCACGCCUGCUGCCAGCUACCUGAACCGCUUUGCCAACUCUGAGAGCUCAACAGAUGAAGAAGGUGGUGGUUUUGAGUGGGAUGAUGACUUCUCCUCACCCGCACCCGCCUUCCUGUCCAAGACGGGUAAAGACACGGUAUCCAAGGCAAGGUCCUCAUCUGCAGCGUCGUUUUCCUCUCCGGCCCCUGCAGUGGGGUCCAUGCUAGAUACCAGCUGGACCAGCUCUUCAAGCUACUCCCGUUUUUCCAUCUCACCGGCCAGCAUUGCCAGCUUUUCCCUUACCCAUCUUACCGACUCUGAUAUUGAACAAGGAGGAAGCAGCGAGGACGGGGAGAAAGACUAGGGUGCUAAAUGAAGGGACCGUUUAUCUUCACACUACUGUGGAAUGAAGCUACUCUCGCUCUUUUUUUUAUUUUUUAUUUUUUUUGGGAGAACAGCUGAAUAAGGACAACAGACGACGCAGUUUGUGGGGACAAACUGCAGAUGCUUCUCUCAGGCAGAACUAUUCUCAGCGGCGUGGCCAUGAGAACAAAAGGUUGUAAACGGACAUUAGGCAAAUAAGACGGACGAGGCCCAGUCCCAGUCUGAGCCACAUCACCUCUCCAGCUCCAUCUGUGUGUGUGCGUGCGUGUUUGUAUGAUUUUUAGUUCAGUGCAAUUAAAAUGUUUUGGGGAGGGAAAACAAACUAACUGACGUAGCUUCUAAAUGUUUGCUUUAAUGCCUCAUCAUGCGCAUUCCAGGUGUUUGGCUGCUUCUUUUUGUUGUGUGUAAGUGCACUCCUUUUCUAGGACUUUUGCUUCACCAAAAAAAAAAAAAAAAAAUUAUUUAAUUAAAGAAAAUCAACCCACUGGGCUGGUAAACGUAUCACUACAGCCAAACAAGAAUAAGCUCUUUGAUUUCACACACACCUAAAACUGACAGCUUAAUUUGUUCACUUUGCUCCUUCAUGUCAUGUGAUUAUUUCCGUGAUUGCCUUUUAUUUGAAAAACUUCCUGUUAAGUUUAAUCACAGUCUCCUUUUUGGAGAGGAAGCCAUGUGUGUUGUCUUUCUGUAGCAGCAUUUGAAUUAACGGGUUGUAACUGCUGUAGGUGCAAUCCAUGCAUAGGAUGACUGGAACACUACACUACAGAGGCGACACACUGUAUUGUCCUUUAUGUUUUAAAGGAACAUGUAUAGUAAGCGUAGUCGAAGUUUGGAGAAAUGUCGGUAAGAAUUGUGGGAUUGUCAUAUCAGUCGUUAAAGAGGCGACCCAGCUGUAAGACAGUUGUGAUGAAUAACUUAAAACAAGUUGUUGUUGCUUUUCUUUUGUAAAGCUUUAUUUUAUCCUUGCGAAUGUGCAGGAAGUCGCUUUGAUGGUUGUCUCGAUUACUUUGUCACUGGGUCUCAUUCCAGUGCCUGAUGACGCUGAAAGACAAAGAGGCUGCACCCCUCGAUUGAUGAUCGCUACAAAAAGUUUAGUGGUAUGAUGUUUAAAAAAAAAAAAAAAAAAAGAAGCUAUUUUUAAAUGUAAGGAUGAAGAAAAUGUCAUGAGCUGUUUGUAAUCAAAUGUGCAAUGAAUUUCAUAAAUUGGUUUGAAUCAGAGUUUGUAGGACAAGCUGACGAGCGUGUGCAGGGACUUUAAGCUUUCACAGCAACUUACUACUAGAACAACGACAACAACGACAAGAAACUCAAUGCUGCUGCUUUUAUAAACCCGAGCGUUGUGGGCGGAGUUGUUUGCUUUUUUCUUUUUUCAGCUUUGUGUCAAACUUCACUAUUUCAGAUUGCAUUUCCAUCUUAAAUGACCCUUUCUGUUCAGCUUCUGCCUCUGAGUCUUAUCAUUUGCGGGGCCGUACGUACAGGGAUGUGCAUUCGUCGCGAUCACUUUCUGUAUAGAAGCGCAAUGCAAAUGGUUAUAGAUGAAGACAGACCUUGCCUCACAUUUUUAUGUACAGCUUUAAAAUCUCUUAUUUGAAACUGUAGGGUAUACAGUUAAGGCUUUCCUUUCCUUUCCUUGAAUAUUUUGUCGCUGAUGAUGAGAUGAGAAGCUGUACUUCACCCGUAAUAGCUACAUGUCCGUCUCACCUGCCCCAUACAGACGACACUGUAUCCCAGACAAUGUUAUCCUCUGUUUAAAAACCAGCAGCCUGUGCUUCAGUUAAACUUGAACAUCUAUUUAAGGAAAUCUUCUUUUAUUUCACUACAGUAUACAUUUGCUUAAUCUUGCACAUUUGAGAAAUGUAACUUAAUGUUGAACUGUACUGAUGUGUAUAUAAAUGUUAAUUUUUCUUUUUGUCUGUAAAUGAUGGGAAAUUAUGUAAUUGAGUUCUAGGUAUGAGGUUUCAUUUUGUAACUUAAACUGAGUUGAAUCAGAGGAACAUAUCACAGUCAUCAGCUACAAGCAGUUAAAUUAAGACAAACAAGCAGACGUGAAGUCAUUCUGUCCUUUAAACUUGUAGAAUUAAAAAAAAAUAUUUUUACUUCAUAUUGAUCAUGCUUAGUGUGAUUAAAAUGUUUAUAAUUACACUGUUUAAUAUGAAAAUAAAUGCAAAUGACUUCUAAUAAA